AUGGCUUGUGUUCUACUGCCACAUCUCAUCAAAAUGAAGCCUGUCAAGAAAUCUGAGGAAAUUUCACCACCAAUUGACCAGAACGUAACUUUAAAAUCAACGAAUGCAAGCAAAACUGCUGAGAAGCCUGUUGUACAGAUGGAAGCCAAGGCAAACAAAAGUGUGGUGAACGUAACCGAAGGAGAGGCUGUCAAAAAGGUGGAAGAAGAGAAGAGUGUCAAAAAAGUACAAUUAGAGAAGGAAAUCAAAGAUGAGAAGAAGACGAAAGAAGAGAAGGAAGUGAAGAAGCUGAAAGAAGAGACAGAUGCCAAGAAAGUGAAAGAAGAGAAAGGCGUGAGUAAGGUGAACGAAAUCAAGGAUGUGAAGAAGACGAAAGAAGAAAAGGAAAUGAAGAAUGUCAAAGAGGAUAAAAGCGUGAAGAAUGUCAAAGUAGAUAAACCAGUGAAGGUGGAAGAGAAGAAAGAUGUGAAGAAGGCGAAGGAAGAGACUGUUGUGAAGAAGAUUACAGAAGAGAAGACUAUCAAGAAGGUGAAUUUAGAGGAGAAUGCGAAGAAGGCCAAAGAAGUGAAGGGUGUGAAGACAACAAAAGAAGUGAAAGAGAAGAAGAACGGAGAAGAAGAGAAGGAUGCAGAAGAAGAGGAGAAUGAGAAGGACGAGGAAGAUGAGGAAGAGGAAGAGGAAGAAGAGGAUGAAGAUGACGAUGACGAAGAUGAUGAAGACGAAAAGAAAGAGGACGAUUAG